AGAUCACGUGCUGUUUUUCUGAAUUGUCUGAAGCUGCACAACGAUCACAAACCAUCGACGGCGUGUUUUGAACUGUCAACUUUUGUUGAAAUUUUGCACGAAAAUAAUGGUCUAUUAUUUCACGAGUGAUGUGGUGCAGCCCCCCGUGACGCUUUUCAUGGGUCUUGACAAAUUUGAAAACGAGGAUCUCAUAAAAUGGGGAUGGCCAGAGGACGUUUGGUUUCACGUUGACAAACAUUCUUCCGCUCACGUAUAUCUGAGACUAAAGCAAGGUCAAACAAUAGACGAUAUACCUAGCGCAGUUCUCGAAGAUGCUGCACAACUGGUAAAAGCUAAUAGCAUCGAGGGAAACAAAAUGAAUGAUAUCGAUGUAGUUUACACAUUAUGGUCAAACUUGAAAAAAACUCAGGGCAUGGAGGUAGGUCAAGUUGGUUUUCACAAAGAAAAAGAUGUCAGAAAAAUGCGGGUCGCAAAGCGACUCAAUGCAAUUGUUAAUCGUCUAAACAAAACUAAAAAAGAGGAACAGCCUAAUUUCCGGGCAGAACGAGAAAACAGAGACCGAAGUGAAAGGGAGGAUAAAAAGAAACUCCUCAGGGACCAGAAAGAGAAAGAAAAAGCUGAAGAAAAAAAGAGGCAGGACGAGGCUGAAAUGAGGAGCUACAAUUCAUUAUUCAGUUCAAAUAAUAUGACGACGAAUACGGAAAAUACUGGAUAUGAUUCGGAUGACUUCAUGUGAUAAAGCUGUUGAGAUUCUAAUGAUAAAUAUUAUGUUACCUGAUAUUAACACUAAUUGAUACUUAAGUGCGCCUAUUACUGUGUAAUAAAAACCAAGAACAUCCCAA